GAGCGAUGGGCGGGAAUCGUGUGGUAAAAGGCGGGGCUAAUAGCCAAACUUCAGCGCUGCUUCUGUUGGCUAACUUCUUGCCAUUCAUUUUCUGCACAGAGGGCUACAAGGAGGUUUUCUUUACACAGAUUGCCCACACAUAAUGAAACAUAUGUGAAAUAUGAGGAGAGAGAUCGCAGCUGUGGUAUUCUUCCUGAAGAGCCUUGUAAAAAAGGGGGGAAAGCUGGAAUCGCAUCAAGUCGAGCUGUUUGUUGAAAGGCUGGCUGUGGCACUACAGGAGAAGUUCAAAGGGCACUGGUAUCCUGAAAACCCCAGCAAAGGACAGGCAUACAGGUGCAUCCGAGUGAACAGGUUCCACAGGCAGGAUCCAGAGCUCCUUCGGGCCUGCCAGGAGAGCGGGGUGCAGUACAGUGAUCUGAGACUGCCCCGUGAUCUCACAUUGUGGGUGGACCCUGGGGAGGUUUGUUGCCGGUAUGGAGAGCACAAUCCUUGCUUCUCAGUGGCGGCUUUCUCUAAUGAUGAGGAAGACAAAGACGUUGCGAAGAAGGUGACCAAUGCAUUGGAGAGGGUGACGUCAGACUAUCACUCAGGUUCUUCCUCCGAUGAGGAGAGCUCCCAUAUGUCUCCCUUUACUAUCCCCAACAGCUUCCAUGCUUUUCAGAUGCUGAAUCCAGCUGCUCCUGUAUGGCAAAUGAAAAAUACAGUACCAGGGAAAAGUCACAUCAUCCCACGGCCUCACUCCAGCUUCAGGCCUCGCAGCAGAGUCCCCCACCCUUUAAGGCAUAAUCUGUGGGUCCCUCCAGGAUUGAGAGGAGGGUCUGGAUACUGGGACACAAACCAAAAUCUGGCACAUUGUUACAAUUAGCGAUAAUGGUGCAUAUUGUUCACACUGGAAAUUAAAGCUGAAGAAAACUUUAAGAUAACAUACCAGUGUUUUUAAAUGAAUUUUUAUUUCUUAAAUAUUGGGUGUUUUUUGCACUUUAUAAUAUUUGUUAUAGUUUUGACUAAAUGAUGUAUUAAAUUAGAUACUGAAAUUGGAAUACUACACAUGUAGUCUUGGAGUACUGUAUUUUUACAAUGGGAGAUGUUCUUGUAUGCCACCUACUGUCCUUUGUGAUGAAAUGUUUUAUUUAUAGUGUAGAAUUGUCAUAUAUAGGCUUACUGUAAGUCUGAAGUUUUAUUAAAGACAGUUUCCAAGUA